AUCAAAAUCUUUUUUCCCUCAAAACAUAUCUGGCGUCUGCAACGAAAUAAAUUUGGCAUAGGGGAGAGAGAGAGAGAGAGAGAGAGAGAGAGAGAGAACGGAUUGAAUCAAUUGAUGGGACUUCGGAAGCUUUGCCACGAUUCAGCUGAAACUCGCGGUUUUCAUCUUCACUUAAUGGGGUUAGGAAGUAGGAUUCCAGCUUUCAUGACUAGAAAGGGACACAGAAGGAAACAACUCUGUUUCAAGUUCCAACCAGAGGACUUUACUCUCCCUUCGUUUGUGCUGAAUGGUGAUUACAAGAAUGACUCAGAGGAAACCAUGCUUCUUCAAGCCUAUACUACCUGGUUCAUUUCAAGAAAUUGCAAUUCCUUAUGCAUUUCUCAAGCACCUCAUUGGUGAGAAUGGUGAGGAAGGAGAAGCUAUAUUGAAGAGCCACAGUCAUCGUGGGAAAUCCUGGCAUGUGAAGGUCAAGGGAUUUCGUUUUCAGGAGGGUUGGGGAGAGUUUGCUUGAGACCAUGAUCUUUUUGUUGGGGAUUUCAUGGUCUUUAGACAUGAAGGUGGUUUGGUGUUCGACACUAUGGUGUUUAACCCUAGUGCCUGUGAGAAAGUGUAUCCAACAUUUGAUAUCAAAAAAGAAGAUGAGGCAUUGGAGAAAGCUGAAAGAAGAGACAAUAAAUCCUUAGUUGUGGAAAAUAUUAAUGGUGUGUCCAUAUAUCGCGGACAAAAGGCAGCUAAAGCAUAUGCUACCUCUUCCCAGACCAAGCAUACUUCUUUUGUUGUUCUACUGAGGCGAUUUCACGUGAAAUAUGCGACGAUGAUAAUUCCAAGAGACUUUGUGAGGUCCAAUGGUUUGAGUGGAAAAAACUGCAAGGCAGUCCUCAGAGAUCCAAAGGGAAGGACAUGGCCAGUGAAUCUAAUCUUCUCGAAAGCCGAUGGACGAAUUUCUAUAGGACGUGGCUGGCGUGCGUUUGCAACUUCAAAUUGCUUGAAGGAAGAGGAUGUCUGCAUCUUCAAGCUCAUUUGUUCCAGGAAAAUACAUAAAGGUGGUAUUUGUUUAGAUGUUAUGGUGUUGGAUGCUAAUAUGUGUGGAAGACAAUAUCGACAGGCUUAUCAGACGGAACCCAUGCAUCCUUUUUUUGUGAUUCAUCUUGAGAAACAUAACCUUAACAAAUCUGUUCUGCAUAUUCCGAAGAGCUUUGCGACAUUUUGUGGUCUGAAAGGAAAAAUAUCUGAAGGGGUGCUCAAAGAUCAAAAAGGAAGGGCAUGGCCAGUGAAACUGAAAAGUAGGUUGUAUUGUGGAGUUGACAUAGUAGCUGGCUGGCUUGAGUUUUCAGCUGCAAAUCUCUUGAAGGAAGAAGACAUCUGCAUUUUCAGGCUCAUUAGCUCCGGAAAGAUACACGAUGGUGCUAUGGUAUUUGAUGUUACUGUGUUGGAUUAUGACAUGAAGGAUGUUCAGCCCAGAAAACCUUGCUUUACAAUUUCUAUCAGGCCCUCUAUCCUAGAUCAGUCUUGUUUGUAUGUUCCUGGGUCCUUCACGAGAUCCAAUGAUCUUAAGGAAAGCUGUGAGUUGACUCUCACAGAUCGAAAGGGCAUUUCAUGGCAGAUGAAACUAAAGCACAGGAAUGGCAGUGGCAGGGUUGGUAUAUGUGGUUCUUGGCGUAAAAUCUCAGUUGCAAAUGGCUUCAAGGUAGGAGAUUUCUGCACCUUUGAACUUCUUAAGAUGGGAAAGAUGGUGGAGCUUCGCUUGCUUUGAACUCACAGAGAUGUUAAACAAUCCUCUGAAAAUGCUACCCAUGUUGACAGUAGGUACUGUGUAUUGCAACUUUGCUUGUUGCAAAGAUUUGCUAUGUAUUUUGAUGUCUUCCUUACCUUGCCUCAGAACUUUUAUGUUUUACAUAGCAAACAUGAUUAUUGGGUUAUUGUAGUGGUGGCAAAAUCCUGAUGAUUAUACAAUUUCAGUUACAGAGGUUUCCAACCCAAUUAGUGGAGAGCUGGCUGGUUUGGAUCUCA